GCGGAACACGUGGCAGAUUCCAGCUACUCGGGUCAACCGGAAAAGUCCGCUUCGAACCGGAAGCAGUUCGCACCGUGGAUGUUUAGCUGCUUGGCUAAGCGCUUGUGUUGAAUAAUAGCGACAAACCAAGCACGAAUAAAGAUUUUAGCGAUCAUGUUAAAUAUUAUGCGGUAGUUAUUCUUUUUUUUUACCAUAGAAUAACAACGUCUCAAUACACAGAAACAAAGUACUGGUUAAUCGCUCAAUCACGAAUACAACAUUACCGUUGGUUAGUUUACCUUACAGGCUAGCUAGCUAAACCGUUUUGCUUUUUCACCGUAAUUCAUUGUAAAAGAGCGUCAGUUGAAACCUUGUCUUUACAAUUGUGCGAUAGCUGUUCCGUACCGUGUAGUGUUACAGUCUUGGCGACACCUAUUUUGAAUUUUGGCAAAUGUGCGAUACAUGCAGCUGGCUAGGUGUUUUCUGGUGAUCAGCAUCGCUGUUCAUAUAUUCAUACUGCUAGGACCUUUAUUGACAUCUAAGUUUUAGCGACGUCGCAGUUGUUCGGGCCACAAGCAACCGUAUACAGUCAAAUAAUCGACCUCGAGCGAGCUUUCCGUCGACUAGAAAACUUGGCAAAAUGGACGAAUUCCUGUCGAUCAGCCUGCUCUCCUUAGCCAUGCUGGUGGGAUGUUACAUCGCCGGGACCAUCCCCUUAGCAGUGAACUUUUCUGAGGAGCGGCUGAAGCUGGUUACAGUGUUGGGGGCAGGGUUGCUAUGCGGCACUGCACUUGCAGUUAUUAUUCCAGAGGGGGUUCAUGCACUGUAUGAAGAGGUGCUGGAAGCUGGUCACCAUGCACACGGGCAAGUCGAAGAGGCCGGGGUCUCGGAGCAGAAAGUCGCAGUGGAUGGAUCUGCAGGCACUGGCGGGAACCAGCUACACAGUCAUGAGCAGCUCCAUGCCUACAUCGGGGUGUCGCUCGUCCUGGGCUUCGUCUUCAUGCUCCUCGUCGACCAGCUUGGUAGUUCCCAUAUGCACAGCACUGAUGAUCCAGAAUCUGGACGGGCUGGUAGCUCAAAAAUUACUACUACCUUGGGAUUGGUUGUUCAUGCAGCAGCCGAUGGAGUGGCUCUGGGGGCUGCAGCUUCCACAUCCCAGACCAGCGUCCAACUAAUUGUUUUCGUGGCGAUUAUGCUGCACAAGGCCCCAGCCGCAUUUGGAUUAGUGUCCUUCUUGAUGCACGCCGGGCUGGAGAGGAAUCGGAUUCGCAAACACUUGCUGGUAUUUGCUUUGGCUGCCCCUGUCCUCUCCAUGCUAACGUUUCUCGGCCUCAGCCAGAGCAGUAAGGAGGCUCUGUCGGAGGUUAAUGCCACAGGAGUCGCCAUGCUCUUCUCUGCUGGGACCUUCCUGUAUGUGGCUACAGUACACGUACUGCCCGAGGUGGGCGGGGGUGGCCACAGUCACAGCCCUGGCGGAGCAAGCGGGAGCAAUGGACUAAGCAAGGUGGAGGUCGUGGCCCUCGUGCUGGGCUGCCUCAUUCCUCUGGUGCUCUCUAUCGGACACCAGCACUAGAGGACAGAGCGUGGCCGAAGAGGGAGUGCAUGGAGAUUUAAGACGUGGCGGAAAUCAACUACAAAAAUAGAAACUUUUACUUCCCAGCAAGGAGACAUUAUUUGUCAAGGGCGACGGGCACCUUGACUCAGAAUGAAUGGGAAUCUGCUUUUCCCAUACAAGAGGGCACUGUAAUAUGGUAUAGUGGACAGGGUUUGUUAGGAGGGCAUUGGGUAAUUGGUACGUCUCUCGUUGAAGCUGUACCGAGUGAAUGCAUCCUGCUCAUGAAGACAGAGCCUGACGGCCUCCUUUUUUAUUGUGAAUUUAAAAUAUUUUUAGGGUAAGUGCAUUAAGCGGGAAUUGGGUUGUAGUAAUGUUAGCAUACCGACCAAGUUCAUGUCAGCAAGGGUAAUCAGUGAACUUUCAGACGUCAUUGUCCUUAGUGUUGCCUACUGAAACAAAUUUAAUGGUAAACAUCAGAAAAGGGUGCUAACACACUAGUAAGAAGAAUAAAAAAAUAACUCUUUUCUUGCUGUUCUGGUCAGUUGUAAUCUGUGGUUGAAGCUUCAGUUAACUGUUAGGGUACCCAAGUUGUGUAUAUAUAUUAUUUGAUGUUACCCUAACCAACUUGAAUAGCAACAUAUUCCUCAUAUAGUUUGAAAAGUACUAAAGCCAAUUUUGGUUCAAAAAAGCUGCUUUCUGUUUUGGGUCUUUUCCCAAAUGCAGCUGCUUCAGCAGUAUAUCUGCUGCUUCUGCACAUGAACAUGUGAACUGAAGCUCGCAUUCACAAAAGAGAAUACGGAAUACUCCAGAUGAAUUGUUCUCACAGUAAAUGGCUAUUUAUUCACAUGCUCAGCUGGUUUCAUAAAUGCUCUCCUGAGCUUUGUCUUAAACUUUUGCCAAGUGAAUUGCAGAGAAACGUUUGUUUUUCUACUGUCUGUUGAAUCUCCUCUCUUGCUUCUCCGCUUCCACAUCUGUGUUGUCCAGUUGCAGCAGAACUGUCAAAUCGCACUUCAACACUUUUUCCCCCCUUGUUUUCUCAAAUGCCAGUUUUUGAAUGGUUACUCCAGUGUAGACUGCAUUAAAAAGUUUUUAAAAUG